AACUCAUGUAUCCCAGAGAUAAACGAUACCGUAUAAAAUGGCUUUCGAACCAGAGCCUGCAGCACACAGGUAACUGGCACCAUGCUUGGAGUCCUCUUUGCUGUGCUGAGUCUGGCCGCUGCAGCCUUUGGCUGCGGGGUUCCUGCCUACCCACCCCUUGUGUCCAGGGUUGUUGGAGGAGAAGACGCGAGACCUUUCAGCUGGCCCUGGCAGGCCUCCCUUCAAUACUAUUCCAAUGGCCAGUGGCGUCACACCUGCGGAGGAACCCUCAUUGCAACCAACUGGGUGCUGACAGCUGCGCACUGCAUCAGUUCUUCUAGGACAUAUCGAGUAUAUCUUGGAAAAUACAACCUGGCAGCUGAGGAAGCAGGAUCAGUUGCGCUUAGCCCACAAAAAAUCAUUGUCAAUAAGAACUGGAAUUCAAAUGAUGUUUCAAAAGGGUACGACAUUGCCUUGAUCAAACUCUCUCAACACGUCACCUUGACCGACCACAUCCAGCUGGCCUGCCUGCCGCCGGCACAGAGCAUCCUGUCAGCCAACACCGCCUGCUACGUGACGGGCUGGGGACGCCUGCAGACAAACGGACCUACCCCUGAUGACCUGCAGCAAGCUCUUUUGCGGAUAGUGAGCCAUGCAACUUGUUCCCAGCUCACCUGGUGGGGGAGCUCAGUGAAAACCACCAUGGUCUGUGCCGGCGGAGAUGGAGUCACCUCCAGCUGUAAUGGGGACUCUGGUGGCCCAUUGAACUGUCAAAAUGCUGAUGGCAGGUGGGAAGUGCAUGGUAUCGUCAGCUUUGGCUCUAGUCUUGGCUGCAACUAUUACCGCAAGCCGUCUGUCUUCACUCGAGUCUCUGCUUUCGAUAGCUGGAUCCAGGAGGUUAUGGCAAACUACUAAUACAAAGAGAAUGAGAUGAGAGAUGCCAAGAGGGAAAACAGCUUGAAUGAAGUCAUAAUCAUGACACUUUUGAUCACAAAGAGACGGAGAAUUAUGCUUUUAACAACACAAGCAUUAUACAUAACCAUCCUGCAAUAAACACUAUUUUUCGCAACAUAAAAGAAAAA